GUCUCUCAGAAUGAGAGAGGAACUCUCAGCACACAGCUGCCCUAGAGGGAGAAGGGGAUCUCAAGACAGUCUCGAGGAAGACGAAGGAAUAUUCUAGCCCUUCCGACUGAUAUAAAUUCCCCACGUUAUCAGUUACUUUACUCCCGCAGGCUUUUCCCCACUCACACCACACUGUGGCAGGUUGCCUCAGAUCAGUAGAUGUGGUAGAAACCAUCUCACCUGACUGACAGAGGUUUGAUCCUCCCCGAUUAUUUGAGCGUCAACAGAGUUACGAGCUCAAGCUUCACUUUGCUGAGAGACUGCACGCCAGGCACGAGGCUCCCUACUCCUCCCCUCUACCACUCUGUCUUUUGCUGGGCUCUUGUCCAGAGAAUGACUGGCCCCAGCGGACCUGAGAAGAGGAUCACACACUGAAGACACAGAACAGCAGCUCUGACUCUGAAGACUGGAAUUUUACAAAUUAGCAGCUCGAACACCUUUAAUGGAUCCAAAGGCUGGCUUGUGAUUUCCUCACUUUUCUUCUUCCUCAUCAGAUCAGAAACAGUGGAGCAAACGCUGCACUUGCUGACAGCUAACAAAAACAGACGGACUGACAUAUGGACAGAGAGCAGUGAGCACUGCGGCGUGAAUGUAGCAACUGGACUUCUCUUCUCUCUGGUUGCUAAGACCAAACAAGGAUAGCAGCCAAAGCACUAUCCUUUUCACCAAAGGUAGUGGGUGGAUGCAGCUUUCAGCAGACUGCUAUAGGGGAAAGCAGUCAUUGCAAAGAGGCUGCAUGUAUAGCUGAUCGUCAUUGUGUUCAUUCUGGGAAAAUGCUCUGCUAGCUCAAAGUAAAUUCCCCUGGAAUAGUGAGGACUAUCUCCUGUGUUAGUGGAAAUAUAUAUACAUUUCAGUGGAGUUUCAACAUUUUUCAGACUUUGCUGCUCAUGCUGAGUGGCCUUAAAGCUUUUUUUUACCUAAUGACUAGAGAAUAUUUAUCUUAGAGAUCAUGGCAGGAUGGAUACAGUCUUUAAAUCUAUCACUGAUGCUGCUAUGUCUUAUUCUGCUGGGAAUGGCUAACACUGCACACAGCAUAUACCCGCGGAUACGGCUCUCCCACAAAGAACUUUGGCAGAUGAACAGGACCUGGAUCUUCCAGGGACGUGGAGUGCCUCUUCAGCCCCAGACCAUGCUGCUGGACGAGAGCCACCAAAGGCUUUAUGUUGGUGCCAAGAAUGCUUUGUUCUCCCUUAACCUGGAUAGGGUUAACGCCCACCAUAGACAGAUCAACUGGGGGAGUACUGAAUUUCAGAUAGAGGAGUGUAUGAUGAAGGGGAGGGAAAAGCCUGAAUGUGCAAACUACAUUAAAGUUUUGCAACAAUACAACCAGACUCAUUUGCUGGUCUGUGGAACAGGGGCCUUUAAUCCCGUCUGUGCCAUGGUCAAAGUGGGACACAAAGGGAAGGAAACAAUGUUUGCUUUUGAAGAGGAAAGUGUUGUGAGCGGGAAGGGACGGUGUCCAUAUGACCCAAACAGCUCCUGCAUGUCCACACUCUGCAGAGGAGAGCUCUAUAUUGGCCUGUACACUGACUACUGGGAGAAUGAUGGUGCCUUGUGUCGACUCAACAAUCAAACCUUCACACGAACCGAAAGAAAUGAUAGGCAGCAGCUCAAUGAGCCCAAGUUUGUGGAAUCAGCAGUUAUCCCCGACAACGAUGACAGAGAUGAUGAUAAAGUUUACUUCUUCUUCACUGAGCGGGAGACUGAUGGAGAAGGAGUGAACAGAGGAGUCCUUACCCGCAUUGGACGAGUGUGUGCGAAUGACCAAGGAGGCCAGAGGAUGCUCGUGAACAGAUGGAGCUCUUUCCUGAAAACUCGCCUUAUCUGCUCCGUGCCUGGACCAAAUGGCAUUGAUACACACUUUGAUGAUCUUGAGGAUGUGUUUGUGCUCACAAAGAAAGAUGAAAAAAACCCAGAAAUCUUUGGCCUCUUUAGCACAACUAGUGCUGUGUUUAAGGGCUAUGCAGUGUGUAUGUAUCACAUGGAAGACAUAAGAGCAGCCUUCAAUGGACCAUUUGCCUACCGAGAGAGACUUGAGCAUCACUGGACACCGUAUGAGGGCAGAGUCCCCUACCCUCGACCUGGAUCUUGUGCCAGCAAAGUGAACGGCGGAGGCUUCUCCAGCUCAAAGGAGUUUCCUGACGAGGUUUUGCGAUUUGUGCGCGCCCAUCCUGUGAUGUACCGUCCAGUCCUUCCACAUCACCACCGACCUAUUCUCCUGCAGACAGAGCCAGGCCGAAGAAAGCUGACUCAGAUUGCAGUAGACAGAGUCCAGGCGCAGGACGGCCACUACCAUGUUCUCUACAUUGGCACUGAUGACUCUGUGGUUUUGAAAGUUAUCACCAUCUACAACAAAGAAACAGACACAAUAGAGGAGGUGCUGCUGGAGGAAAUGCACAUUUUCAAGGUGCCAGCUCCAAUCAGAGAGAUCAUAAUAUCACCCAAAAGGCAACAGCUAUAUGUUGGGUCAGAAGUGGGGGUUGCACAGGUCAGACUACAUCAGUGUGACCUCUAUGGCUCAGCGUGUGCUGACUGUUGUCUGGCCAGAGACCCAUACUGUGCCUGGGAUGGUCUCACCUGCUCCAGAUAUUACCCUGCUGGAGUUUACACCAAGAGACGAUUCAGACGACAGGAUGUUCGCCAUGGCAACGCAGUACAGCUGUGCAAUGGACUGCAAAUUGAUGAUGAACAAUGGCAGAGGGCUGAGGAGAGGCUAAUGUACAGCAUUGAGAGCAACACCACUUUAUUGGAAUGUGUCCCUCGAUCACUUCAAGCCAAGGUCCUCUGGUUCCUAGAGAAAGAAGGGGAAAAACACGAGGUUCGAGGUGAUGAACGGGUCGUUAUGACAUCUCACGGGCUGCUGUUCUUACGCGUGAGAAGCUCUGACGCUGGCAUGUACGUGUGUCAGACUGUUGAACAUGGGUAUGUGCACACAUUACUACGGAUCAAACUGCAUGUGCUCCGAGCGGAGAGGCUGGAGUCGGCAAUAGGCAAGAGUAAUGAUGACGAGCAAGAUGGCGCUUCGCCUCAGUGCCACUCCAUCCUAGUCCCCCCACCGGCCCCCAGCAUCAGCACCCGCUCCCUGCAGCCACCCUCAGUCCCAGCCCCCAACUCCAGGCUGUGGUACAAGGAGUUCCUACAGCUAAUUGGCUACGGCGACGCUCAGAAAGUGGAGGAAUACUGCGAGAGAGUGUGGUGCUCUGAUAAGAAACGCAAAAAGACCAAAAGGAAGUAUGUUUCUUUAGGUGGUGAGAAAAGAGGAAAAGGAAGGGGAGAGGAGAACUCCCACAGAGCUCCCAGGCACACCUUUGACACCUGAAGACAAUGAAGACCCACUGCACAUGCACACACAUACAUACACUGUCUUUGGGUCAUACUCACUCGGUAUUUGCACCAUGUAUGAGGUAUUUGCUUUAUGUUCAACAGGAGCUGCAAGAGAAAGAGCUGUAGCAGACUGCCUUAGAAUUGUAGCUACAUUUGCCACUGAGGUCUUUUCUGCUUACUUCAAAAGUCACAUAUUGUCUUUUUUUGUGUGAUGUACACCUAUUAUUUGCUGCAGAUUCAGGUGGAAAACUACAAUCAUCACUGUUAGUACAGAAAUAAGACUGUCAUGGGACAAGAUGGACAAGAUUGUGUAAACUUUCCUCUGAUCAGAAAGACAAGUAGGCUGUUCAAGCUGAACCCUGCAAGACUGCUUCUCCACCCUUCACAGAGUGGCAUGAAAUGACAUUUUCAGUUCAUAUAUAUAUAUAUAUAUAUAUAUAUAUAUAUAUAUAUAUAUAUAUAUAUAUAUUUAAAGGAUAGUGUCAAACAGCGCGAUAAAUUAUUUUCUCUGUUUUUACUUUGAGAUAUUUUUAAGUGAUGUCCAAAAGUGGAAGUUAGAUUGUCAUUCUGUUUCUACAGUUAAAAGGCCAUGAGCAACAGUAAUGAAAUGAGAUUGCAGUGAUAGCUGCAGUAUGUGUGGUUGAAUGGGCCACCAGAAUAAACAGUUGAAACAAGAUAUAUACAUACAAGGUAUAAAAACGUGCAUAAACUGGAUUAUUUGUUUUCAUUGAUUGCUCAAAUGUUUCCUGUAUUAGACCAGUUAGGAUUAUCAAAGUUAUUUCCAUGCUAAAUGGUGGAAAACAUUUUUUUAUAAUUUUUUUUAUUAUUUAUAUUUCUUAAAAUUCAGAAGUUCACAUAUAUGUCCUUACUAUUUGAUGGAACUACCUGUAAACUGAAUGACGGUUUAAAUGUUUUUGUUAACCUUCCAUAAACUUUUCACAAUACUGUGCCAGAAUUCAACACCUGUUCUUUGAGACAGAACUGUUCAUGUUUUGUGGCAGCCUUGCUCCCAUGUACUUUUUAACCUCUGACCAAAACAUUUUCCAAGGGUCUGAUAUAAGGACUUUGUGAUUACCAUUUCCAGACUAUUGACUUUGUUGUCCUCAAACUACGUUGUGACCACAGUAACUUAAUGGAGGAUUUUGGGUGAUGUUAUCUCAACAUAACAGUCUUUUUGUUAAGUACACCGGUCCCUCAAGCAGCAAAACACCCCUACAGUUGAGAUGGUGUCAUCAUGCUGGCAUGUUUCCCCUUUCUCCUCCAAAUAUAAUGAUGGUCAUUGUGCCUAAACACUUGGGGUUAAAGCACGCAAUUUGAACCAAAAGACAUUCAUCUCUAAGACAAAAAUGUCUUCUCCUUCCUAAAGGGUAUGAUAGCUAGACAUUCCCAUGAUGUUUAUAACAGCAUCUUCAGGCUGGUGGAAACUGCACCUAAAGGUGAACCAGACUUGCAGAGUUCCAGAGAUGCAUUGCCUGAAAUCCUUCGAUUUUCCAGUGAUGUCAAACAUUAAUUGAGAUCCAAGAUCUCAUUUACAAGAGAAAACUGUUUUGAUAAAACAAAAAAACUAAAGAAAAACAAAGAGUGACUAUAUAUAGUAGUAAAAAAUAAAAUUCUGAUUAAAUAAGAUAAUAAAAUAUGACCCACAAACACAAGCAAUUUUCUGAGGACUUCUCCAAUUUCCGCAAAAUAAAUGUUAAUUGCCAGACAGGAAUCAACUUAGAUUGUUUCAGGUCCUGCUGUGUUCCUGAUCAUACUAACGGAGAGCUGAAGGAGACACAGUCCUGAGAGAGAAGUCUGUAGCAGGACUGUCUAAGUAAUAUGUAGAAAAGUAAAAGUAAAGUAAAUAAAUAAGGCAGACACAGUCCAACAAAAGCUUUAUACAUGAAAAUGUACAAAUCCAUGAGCCUAAGGAUUGUUAAUGAUGGCAAGAUGACCCAAGAAUGUAAUGUACUGUAACAUGUAACAUGUAAAAGGUGUUUUAGAUGUUGCCUUAAAAAUACAUCCACAGGUGUGCCGCUAAUUAACUCAAAGGUUGUCAGAAGCUUAAAAUGCACAACAUCAUCAUCCAGGCUUUCCCAAACUGUUCAGAGGCAUCGUUUUAGUUUGUGUAAACAUCAGACUUUAAAGAAGGUAAUAAAUAAAUAGUUUGAAAAAAAAAUAGUGAUUCUGACAUUUAGCAAAUAUAACUAAUUUUGGUAAUCCUAAGUGACCAAAAAUAGCAAAAGUGCAGCCUGAUGUCUUUUUAUACAGUGCAUGCAUGUAUCUGGUUUCAGCUCUGAAUUGCAAUGCUGUCAUGGGUAUUUCCAGGAAUUCAAAUGUUUUUAAAUGGUUUUAAAUGUAACAUUGCCCCCCCCCCUCCCCCAUAUAAAUACUAUAUAUGCACUUGUAAAACCUGUUACAAUGGAUGAUAAAUGGUCUUACUAGUGGAUUACUUGUUUGUAUUUAUCUAUUCUUACCACUUUCAUUGAAGGUUUAAUCAAGUGACACAGUUGAGCGUAUUGUGUAUUGUAUUUGUCUGAAGUUAUUUUGUGCAGGUCUGGUUAUUUCUGUGUACUAAAAUUGUAAUUUAUCCUCCUCCUGUGACUCCCCCCCCCCCCCCCCCACACAACAUCCUCCUCCUUUUCGGGUUGACAACCCUCCGUCUGAUGUUGCAGAUGGCAUGCAUAGUUUUCACAAACAGCAAAGUACAGCAUCUAAUUUUCCUCUGGAAAAAAGAGACAAAUAAAUGUUACAGCAGCUAUUCUGGCAGUAAUUAGCAAAA